CGAAAGUUGUGUUGUAUUUACAAGUGUCUUAUCAGUAAUAUUGUGGUAAUAAAUUUAAAAAAACUUAUGUUAAUAUAAUAUCAGCUAUAAAUUUAGAUUAGCUGAGUUGUUUAAAUGAUUUUUUUCCCAACUCUGAAAUAUUUACAACCAUGGGGAAAGACACAGAUGAAAUACGAAUUGGAAAAAUCGACGACUGUGAUUCAGAUAUCCGCAAGACUGGACAGGAAAUGGACACGAUAAGACAAAGAACUAUUGCUUAUGAGUACCUUUGUCGGUUAGAAGAAGCUAAGACUUGGCUGGAAGCAUGUUUAAGAGAAAAAUUGCCCCCAGCAACUGAGUUUGAGGAAUGUUUGCGUAACGGCGUCUACUUGGCGAAACUUGGGAAUUUUAUUUCCCCUGAUUUACUUCCUAUCAAUAAAAUUUAUGACAUAGAUCAAAAACGGUACAAGUUUAUGGGUCUGCAAUUUAAACACACUGACAACAUCAAUAAAUUUUUACAAGUUCUUAAACAGACUGAGCUGCCAGUGACUUUUCAACCUGAAACAACUGAUAUUUAUGAUAAAAAAAAUAUGCCAAGAGUCAUAUACUGCAUCCAUGCACUGAGUUCACAUUUGUUUAAACUAGGAAAAGCUCCCCUUAUACAUGAUGUUUUCGGGAAAGCUAUUUUCACAGAUGAAGAACUAGAUUCAGUUUCAAAAGAUUUACAAAAAUGUGAACAUCCACUACCAAUGUUUCAAAAGAUUGGGGGCCUAUUAUCAAAAAACAAUAGUAGUGAUGAUAGUGCGGCCUUACACAAAUGUAUUGUAGAGCUGAACAACUUACUGGACAAAGAUAAAUCAAUAACUUCAGCUUUACUCAACCCCCAUUUAAAACUAAAACAUGUGCAGAACAGGCUAAUAGAUGAGUACAGAAAAGUAUUGAAAGCUGCAAAGCAUGACAAGGUGCAAACUGCUCAGAACCACUCUCUUAAUGAUAGCUAUGUCCCGGAUGAAUAUGACGAACUGCUUACCCUUGUAGAAAUACAGGGACACAUUACAGCAGUAAAUUACAAAUAUUCUUGGAAAAAGAUAUGCUCCGCCUCACAGAAUGGUGAUAUCAACACCUUGGAUAAAAUUUUCAAUGAAGAUUGGGUGAUAACAAAAAAUUAUAAUCCCAAAAAUCUUGACUUCUACUGUGAUGUUGUCAAAGAAAUUAUUGACUGCAAUAAAGAUGUUGAUGUAGAGAGUGUCACAAAUUGGCAUAAAAUAUUCCAAAACAUUAUUAAUGAAGGUAAUCGGAAGUCACUUGAACAUACAGAUCAUAAGACUGCAAUAAAUGAUGUGAACAGAGCUUUAGAUGAGGGAACUCCAGAAGAUUUAUAUGAGGCUUUAAAUAACCCAAAUUUAGAAUUGAACUUCAAAGUUGAGAAGUAUGCUGUACCACUUCUGUACGAAGAGAUGAAGUUGGAAAAAUAUGAAUUGGAGAAGAAUUUAAAUGAGAGUGAGAUUGCAUCAUCUGUUUCCUAUCUAUUAGCUAUUGCAUCCAUAUCUGAAGCGGUUGACCGUGGUGAUGACGCCGCUGUAUGGAACCGUCUCAACUCGAAACAAUUGCAUCUCGAAGGAUUACGACCUCAUUGUCGCCGCCGUUACUUGUCUGCUUUGGCUACUGCUUUACAAGUGAAAAUAAGAGAGCAAUGUGCCUGCUCAUUACUAACCCUUGACGACAUUAGAGACUCAAUAGACAUGGUCAACAUAAAAGAUGAUGAUAAUGAUGAAUUGGUGACAGUAAUAGAGCAUAUCAAUAAGGCAGUUACCGAAGAAGAUGCAGAUACUCUGAUGAUCUUGUUAAAACACUCAUCCUUAAAAUUGUCUGCACCAUUACAUAAGGAAGAAAGUCAUCUUUAUUUACGUAUGCUUAAAAAAGUAUUAGUUCAUAAGGAAUCUCAAAAUCUUUGGUUUGAUGAUAUUGUUGAAACUAUCAAUGAAGUCAAUUCUGAAUCUCAUAGUGUGAAGGAACUCACUGAAUCAUUAGUUCAGUUAAACUUAGCAGUGAUGAAAAAUAAUGUAGACGAGUUUUGGGAAGCUCUAAUGCAACCUGCUCUGUCUGCUUCAGGAAUGAUCGAAAGCUCCUGCAAAGAUAUCUAUUUUCAAAUGUUCUCUAAAGCAUUAAAAAAGAGAGGUCAUCAUAUUUGUCCUUGGAUUGUGUGCCAUACAAAUGCAGGCAAUACUGUUUACAUUGAUGUAGAAUCAUAUACAUACUCUUGGUCCACGCCUAAAGAUUUUGUUCCUUACGCCCGUUACUUGACUAGAAAGGACAUUAAUGUUCUUAUUGACAAAACUAAUAAGCACCAUGUCAAUAAAUACAUGCAGAUGAUUUUCGAAAAAACUAUCGUGAAAAUUCAAGCUUACAGUAGGGGAUACUUAGUUAGGAAAACAAUUAGGGACCGACUUAAGCUUUAUAAAGACAAUGAAAGAUAUAUAGUGAAGAUACAAGCAUGGUGGAGGAAAGUUUCUAUUGAAAAGAAGUAUGGCACUUUAAUUAAGAUGAAGGCGAUAGAGGCAAAAUUAAAAAGGGAGAGGAAGGAAAAUCCGAUGUUAUGGUAUAAAGUUCAGGAGCAGAAAAUUAUUAAAAUUCAAGCUCUUUGGAGAGGGCGCCGAGCACGGGAAGCGUUUACCGCUUUGUUUUACUCAUCCAAUCCACCACUGAAAGUUGUAAAGAAAUUCAUACCCAUGUUAGACUUUUCGACCGAGGAUUAUGACCGAGAAAUAGAAUUACAAUCACUAAAGUCAGAAGUUGUCCAGUCAAUAAGAAAAAAUCAAGAGUUGUCUAAACUCUUGGACAAUAUGGAUCUCAAAAUUGGACUCCUAGUACAAAAUCGUAUCGCUUUGCAAGAAGUAGCUGCUCAUGGUUUAAAGUUAAACAAUUUGGUCAAACAUAACUCUAUGACUAAGCUUGUUUUAGAAAAACGGUCUGAUGGUAAAGGGUCCUUACUGACUGUUUCAACAGCGGUCAAAGGGUUAAAGUCACUCACCAAAGAAAGUAAAAGACUACUAGAUGGGUACCAACACCUGUUUUACGAGUUACAAACUAAUCCAACUUACUUAUCAAAGCUCUUGUUUUGUAUACCACAAAACAAAACGAAUUUCUUUCUACAAAAUGUAGUAUUAAGUUUAUACAACUUUGGUGCAUACGCGAGGGACGAAUAUUUGCUGCUUAAAUUAUUUAGAUUUACUCUUGAAGAGGAAAUAAGUUGCAAAGUUGUGAAACCCAUUGACAUAAUAGCAGCGACGCCAUUGGUGUUGAAAAUGGCUGUAAGCCUUUCUAGACAAUUGUCAGGAUUGAAUAGCUUACAAACUAUAAUUGGCCCUCUUGUUAACAAAAUGUUGCAAGAUAGGGAUCUGAACAUAGAAACAGGUCCUGUAGAAAUUUAUAAAGCAUGGAGAAACGAAACUGAAAUGAAAACGGGACAAAUAUCGAAACUGCCUUAUACAGUAACUCAAGAAGAAGCUCUAACAUAUCCUGAAGUAAAAACACGGUUGGAAAAGGCUCUGUCUCAGCUCAAGACGAUUGUGACCAUGUUCCUAGAUCAAAUUAUAGGCUCAACUGAACUGUUACCAUUCUGUAUUACUUACAUGGCUCGGGUUUUACAUAGAGCCCUUACAUCGAAAUUCCCCUACACACCUGAGAAGGAUAUUUUAAAAGUUAUAGGGAAUCUUGUAUACUACCAGUUUCUAAAUGCUGCCAUAGUAGCUCCAGAUGCUUUCCACAUUAUCAAUUUACCGAAUGGCACUGGACUCACGACGGAUCAGCGCAAGAACCUGGCUUCGGUCGCGAAAAUUCUUCAUUUCUCUGCUGCUAAGAAAGGGUUUGGUGAAGAAUCUAGUCAUUUGCGUUGCCUAAAUCCAUUUAUUGUCGAAUGCCACGAGAAAAUGAAGGAACUAUUCCGGCGGUGUUGUCGAGGUCCUACUCUCGAGGAGUAUUUCGCUGUUGAUGAGUACACUGAGGCCACGAUGCUUCACCACCCACACAUUUAUAUAACUGUUCAGGAAAUAGUGGAUACUCAUGCACUGCUCAUAGAAUAUCAAGACAUAAUAGCCCCUGAUCCUCGAGAUAGACUCAACGAAUUGUUGGACGACCUAGGAGAUGUGCCUUCAGUUGCACAACUUGCAUCCAGAGAUGUUGAUACACAAAUAGGAGACACUACUGAAGAGAAUGCGAGGCUAGAGGUGUGCUUGGCGCUCACAAACAAGUUCCAGGCGCCAUCUGACGACAUGACAGACUUAAACAAAUUGUUUAUUAAAACUAAGGAGUUAUGUGUCUCUAUUAUACCAUUUUUAAACGGUGAACAUCUUUUGGAGGCUCUAUGUAUUGGUACAACUAAAGCGCAACAAGAGCAGUACGCUGAAAGAAUACAAAGACGUAUUUAUUCGGGUCAGGCCCGGCAAGACGAAGUAAUGACAUUACGAGAGCAUAUAGCAAAGUUGCGCAAAAACCUACAAAUGCUUGAAGAUGAGGGAUAUGUGACCCGAGAAGACGGCUACCAAGCAUUAGUGACUUCAAUAGCUCUAGAUUUGUGCAAUAAGGGAAAAUACAGACAAGCCCAAAGGCGAGCUUUGGCUACACUCACGCGCACGAAGCAAAGUCUUCAAGAAAAAACCAAGUACUAUGAAGAGAAGUGUAAAUCUUAUGAUCAAUACAUAAAGUCAUGUCUUGCUAAUCUUCACACUGGAAAAAAAAGUGUUCACGCAUGCUUAAGACGAUCUGGAAAAGAUAUGCAGAAAUUGAAGUCUAAACUGACUGUGAAGUAUUCUGGCGCUAAAUUGAUGGAGAGAGGAGUUCUUCUCGAAAUAGAUGGAUUGUCACAUUCUCAAUUCAAAAAUGUACAAUUUGACAUCACACCGACAGACCACAAUGGCGUUUUUACAAUAAGAGGUAAAUUCAUGGGUGUUGAGAUGGAAACUAUUGAAGUAGACAUCCAAGACUUAUUACAAAAACAAUAUGAAGGAUGUGCAGUUAUGGAUAUGUUUGGAAAGGCUAAAAUUAAUGUAAACCUAUUAAUAUUUUUAUUGAAUAGUAAGUUCUAUGGUAAGUCUUAAGUUCUAAACUGUGUUUAAUUUUAUGUUAGCAUUAUAAUACUUACUGUUAAGUGCUGAAUAGUCUUUUUUGUCUAUGAAUUAUUAUUUUUUUGCCUAGUUCUUAUACACGCUUCAUUUAAAAUUAAUUUAGUUUGUAUUAUUUACGAGCUUAAAAUUACUACUACUUACCUAUACCUUAUGAAGUUAUAACAAAAACUGUUACGAAAUUGGACAGAUUAAGAAAAUGACCAUUUUCUCGUUAUCACUGCUGUGGUUCUGUAAGUUCAACUUUAUCGAACUAACUUUCCGAAUUCAUUAAUCUUUUAGGGUGAGCUAAUGCAAACCUUCUAAAUUCUGUUGCAAUUUGGAGCUCAGCUCUCAAAAUUGAAAAACUACGUAUGAAUAAAUAAUUUUCGCGGGCUGAGAAUUCUACUUAAUGUAUAUAAUCUUUUAGUAUUUACUGUAAUUUAAGUUUUUUAUGUGUUAACAAUUUAUUACGAUUAUUUUUUCUCAUCUCUCAUCUCAGGUCACUACAAGGGCUUCUUAGACUAGUAUGCUUACUUACUUAGUUAUGCAAGUCCGAAUGAAUGUUCGUGAAUAACCUGUUAACACCUAAAUCGUUAUGAAUUCAAUUUAUUUUAAGUAACUACCUACCAAAAGUUCAAAAAUUGAUGAAGUAUUAUGAUACCAAAUAUUCUACUAUUAUUUAUUUGAUUACCCAUAAAGUACAAAGACGCCGCCUAUAUAAUCACAAUCAUUUUACAGGGGUGGGCAAAGUGUCACAACAACGGUUUUUUUAUUGUGAUUUUAAUGAAAUUAAUAACAGCAUAAUGUGUUUUAACCUCUGUCGUAUUAUACCAGUAAACUGUGAUAAUUUGAUGAUUGAACCAUACUAAUUAUUGCAACAUUUUAUAAGUUUUUAAGCUUUUAGCUCUCUAUUUUCUGCUUAUGACAUACAAUUGUAAAUAAUUAUGAAUCAAUUCCAGUAUUUGUAAAUUUUUCUAUAAUAAACGAGGCUAACAUAAA